AACACAUUGAAUGUAAGCCUGGCAAAGUGCUCAUCAACCUUCAGAAGAGGGUAACUGAGAGGAGGAUUGCUGGAGUUUUUGGUAACAAUGCGCUUGUCUAAAGCUUUAAUAGAAAUGGACUUGCCAGAUUACACUGCAGCUUUAGACCCUGCCUACACGACGUUGGAGUUUGAGAAUAUGCAAGUGCUAGCCAUGAAUAAUGAUACAUCUCCAGCUGAAAUCACCAACAUGAAUGCGUCGAAUUCUAUUGGAAUUAGUGCUCUGUGUGCAAUAUGUGGCGAUCGAGCUACGGGAAAACAUUAUGGUGCCUCCAGCUGCGAUGGCUGCAAAGGUUUCUUUCGGCGAAGCGUCAGAAAAAAUCACAUGUAUUCCUGCAGGUUUAACAGACAAUGCAUUGUAGACAAGGACAAACGAAACCAGUGCAGAUAUUGCAGAUUAAAAAAGUGCUUUCGAGCAGGCAUGAAAAAGGAAGCUGUGCAGAAUGAAAGAGACAGAAUAAGUACAAGGAGAUCAAGCUAUGAAGACAGCAGUUUGCCUUCGAUUCAUGCACUCAUACAAGCAGAGAUGCUUUCCCGUCAGAUCUCCACUCCCAUUUCGGUUGUAAAUGGCGACAUCAGAACAAAAAAGAUUGCAGCUAUAAGUGACGUGUGCGAGUCUAUGAAACAGCAGCUUUUGGUGCUCGUGGAAUGGGCCAAGUAUAUCCCAGCUUUCUGCGAGCUAGCACUCGACGAUCAGGUUGCCUUACUAAGAGCUCACGCUGGGGAACAUUUACUGCUUGGAGCUGCAAAGCGUUCUAUGAUAUACAAAGACAUUCUACUAUUAGGAAAUGAUUUCAUCAUCCCACGCAAUUGUCCAGAGCUGGAAAUAAGCCGCGUAGCAACCAGGAUUCUAGAUGAACUGGUUCAGACGUUUCAGGAACUUCAGAUAGAUGACAACGAGUAUGCUUGCUUAAAGGCAAUUGUUUUCUUUGAUCCAGAUGGCAAAGGACUGAGUGACCCUGGCAAAAUUAAACGCAUGCGGUUCCAGGUACAAGUCAGUUUGGAGGAUUAUAUUAAUGACCGACAGUACGACUCGCGAGGUCGAUUUGGAGAGCUGUUGUUACUGCUGCCCACCCUCCAGAGCAUCACAUGGCAAAUGAUCGAGCAAAUCCAAUUUGUCAAACUGUUCGGAAUGGCUAAAAUUGACAACCUACUUCAAGAAAUGCUUCUAGGAGGUACAGCAAAUGAAGCACCGCAUUCUCACCACUCGCUGCAUCCUCACCUGGUCCAAGACCAUCUGCCAAAUAAUGUGAUCGUCCCCAACACAAUGCCCACUCCCAUGCACAAUGGGCAGAUCUCCACACCUGAAACUCCACUGCCUUCUCCACCUGGGGGUUCUGGAUCCGACCAAUACAAACUGGUAACGGGCUCUGCAGCAACAGCAUCAAAACCAUCAACAUCAGUUCCUCAGCAAACUAUUGCCAAACAAGAAGCCAUUUAAAUCGGCACCUUACCCAGUACGGACAGAAAGAAAGAACGGUGAGAAAAUAAUGAUAAGUAAAUAGAUUUCCUGCAUCUGGAGGAGCAGUGGUUCGAUAGUAAUGCUCUUUCCUAAUAGACAAAGCGAUUGAAAAAUAAGCAAACGAUUAAUGCUAAGAUAUUGUGUUAAAUCACCUAUUACGCCAAUGCUGUACCUCCUAAGCAAGCAUUCCAGAGGCUGCUCCCCAGAAUCGAAAGUGUGCUAUUCCACUUGAAGUUUCGUAACGACAAUCAUUUCAUUGACGGUUUGAUGGUUUUCCCGCAUCUUAGAUGCCUCAAGCAAACCUACGUUAACAGAAUAUAUGCUGUGUCACUUUCAAUGCAGUUUAUGGUGUCUCUGGCUUGUAGUCAGACAGCGUAAUUAGAUGUAGCCUUCAAUGUGAACUCAGGAUGAAUAUGCAAUGUAUUUGGUUCUGAGUAUUGGUUCUCUCUUUCAAUGAAGAACGAGCUCCUCUAUCUUGUCGAACUAUUAGGAAAUCUAAUAUUUAUGAUGAUUUUUUUUAAAAAAGCAUUUUGGCUUAUUCUAUACAUCCAAAUAGUUUAUCCUUCUUUAGACAUUAAUAACAAAUGCAUCUUCCUGUACUCUAUAUUUUCAGAUUCGCUUUUGUAUUACUUCAACAAUUAGCUUUUAAGCAGACAUUUACGUAUUAUAAAAGAGAUUGUGUCCAUGUCAAUAUCCAAAACGUUGUAAACGAUGUCAGUUUUCCAGAGCAGCCUUGUCAAGCUGUUGUUAUUCGUUGGAUUUACAACUGUGUACACACCCUGUACAGUUUUACACAUAAGAUACGUAUUUAUCACUCAUCACAUAGGCGCUGCACAUUAUUUGUAUGGUAGCAAUGACUCAUUUAUAGGUCUGCUGUACUUACUUGAAUUGCUACAUAAGAAAGUGAAUUCUUCGUCACCAGAAAAACACAUCUUGCUUUCAAAUAGCAACUCCUUCACCGCAGUAAGAAUUCUUCACAACCAAUCAAUAGAUAUAAGAACAUUACACAUGAGCCAUAGUAUUGAAAUGACAGCUUUGCCUUGGUGUUGUACUGUGCUAUUUUUUUCCACUUUU